AUGCAGACCUUUGACGUCGUCGAAGCGCAUUUUUCUUCACCUUCUAUCGGAUUUCGAUUCGUCCCUACCGACGAAGAGUUGGUUUGCCAUUACUUGAUGAAGAAGCUUAACGAUGAACCCUUAUCUUCUAAUCAGAUUUACGAGGUUAAUCUCUACGAUGAGCCUCCUUUUGUUCUCACCAAUAAGUUCAAAACAAAUGGGGGAAGAGAAGACGACGAAUGGUAUUUUUUUACACGGAGGAAUAGAAAAUACCCGAAGGGAGGGAGGCCGGACCGGGUGACAGGGAACGGAACUGGGUUCUGGAAGCUGACCGGAAAGGCUAAGCCGGUUCUUCGAGGUCAGGUGGAAACCGUCGGUGAAAGAACAACCCUUGAUUUUUAUUCAGGCCUACACUCAUCUGGCCAGAGAACUGAAUGGAAGAUGCAUGAAUAUGUGGUUAAAGAUGACUACAUUAAACCCAAAAACAAGCCCCAGAGUUGUAUGAUGCUCGAUGAUUGGGUACUGUGCAAGAUAUAUAUGAACAGAAAAUGGGCAGGAAAGAACAACACGGCGACUGCAUCUCCGAUGGAUGUAGGGUCAUCGGAUGCUUCUUCUUAUCCACAAGGUAUUAACGGAGAAGCAUCAUCUCAAAAUCCAGAUUCAAAUGGUUGCUUUUGUCAGUUACCUAAAGCAUCGUCAAUGGCGGAAAACGGCAACACAAACGGCGGGACGCAUUCGGAUAUUUUAGCUCCGAAUCAGGAUUCGGAUGAUUAUACUUUUGAAGCGUUUGAUGAUAAUUGGUUUGAAAAUGAGUACCCUUGGGAUCCUCCGCCGGACACAGUGUUCGACGGAGACGAUCAUCAUAAUACAAGUUCUGAGAAUCUGAAUCCUUCCUCUUCACAGCAAGCUCUUGGUGAACCAUCAAAUAUUGUUGAAAACACGACGUCGUUUCAGUCAUCUACUAAGGGUGACAUAUAA